AUGAACGAAAUGUCCUUCUGGUUGCGAAAAUGUCCUUUUGGUUGCUGUUCUUCACUGCCCCACACGUGUAGCUUCAGCUGGUUUUUGGCGAAAUCGGUAAUCUGAAAGGGCUGCGGGUCGCCCACGCAGCUGAACGGCAGAUGCGCCGCUCUCUUGCCGCCAAAAAAAAGGACAAUAGUCUUGGCGGGCGCAUGUCCAAAGCUCAACAGUCUGGUCUAUAAAAGGAGCCCAUGUGGAGGACUCCACCAGUUUUAGCAAGCUUUCUGCAUCAACCUCAUCGACAUCCAAGUAGCUUUACAAUGAAGAUUCCCGCGAUUGCCGCUGUUGUUGGCCUCCUUGCUACCCCCGCCCUGGGCUUCCAGCUUGACGUCUACACUCAGGACAACUAUGCUGGCCAACACAAGUCCCUCACCAACACGGGAUCCCUCUCUGGCCAAUUCCAUUCCUACAAGUGGCAAGGCACUCGUUCCGGCCAUUGCGCCCAGUUCUGUAACGGAAACAGGGACCUUGGUUACCGCUGCGAUGAUUACAGCAACAAUGCCAUCUGGUUUACCAAGGCCAUUGUUUACAAGUACCCUAACAAGCCUGGAUGUUAAGAGCGAUCGUCAUUGGAUUAGUGCAAAAUGAUGGGUUGCCGAGUUUUGAAGAUGGUGUUUUACUCUAUGUUUAGAUUUCGCUCAUAAUAAAUGCAUUUGACAUGGUCACGAAAA